UCUCAUUUCGUUUGGUUUCUAAACAUUGCUUUCAAUUGUCAGCCAAACGGGUGACCAGUGAUGGCCAGCAUAGCCAACGUUCCCCAUCCCGGGGCUCUCGUCAGCAAAAAGAAAAAGGCUUUUAUCGGACUUCCGGCGCCAUUGGGUUAUGUGGCGGGCGCUGGUCGAGGGGCCACCGGAUUCACCACCAGAAGCGAUAUCGGACCGGCCAGGGAUGCCAGUGAUGUGCCAGACGACAGACACGCGCCGCCGAAACCAAAGAUUGUCCGCAAGACUGGAGACAAAAACGGAGAAGAAGAGGAAGAGGAGGAAGACUUGAAUGACUCGAAUUACGACGAGUUUAACGGUUACGGCGGAAGUCUUUUCAGUAAAGAUCCGUACGAUAAGGACGACGAAGAAGCGGAUCAGAUAUACGAAUCAAUUGAUAAGAGGAUGGAUGAGAAGCGCAAAGAAUAUCGAGAAAACAAAUUGAGGCGAGAAUUAGAGCGCUAUCGACAGGAAAGGCCUAAAAUACAGCAACAGUUCUCUGAUCUGAAGAGAGAUUUAAAUGCUGUGACAGAAGACGAGUGGAGGACUAUUCCAGAGGUGGGCGACGCCAGGAAUAAGAAGAUGCGAAACCCUCGCGCAGAGAAGUUCACUCCCGUUCCCGACUCUAUACUGGCGCACAACUCAGCCAUUGGUUCCGGAGAGACAGUUGUCUCCAUUGAUCCCAGAACUGGACUCAAGACUCCGAUGACUGCCGGCACUUCCACUGGUCUGCUGACUCCCGGAGGGUUUGUUACCCCAGGAAAUCUGGAUUUGCGUAAAAUAGGUCAGGCCAGGAAUACGCUUAUGGAUCUUAAGCUCAACCAGGCGUCAGACUCUGUGAGCGGACAGACAGUUGUCGACCCUAAGGGCUAUUUAACUGAUUUGCAAUCAAUGAUCCCAAGUCAUGGCGCAGACAUUAGUGACAUCAAAAAAGCGCGAUUACUGUUGAAAUCAGUUCGCGAGACAAACCCCAACCAUUCGCCCGCUUGGAUCGCUUCGGCCCGUCUCGAAGAAGUGACGGGAAAACUACAAACGGCGCGCAAUCUUGUGAUGAAAGGCUGUGAGAUGUGUCCCAAUUCUGAAGACGUCUGGUUGGAAGCGUCGCGUCUCAUACCCGCAGACUUAGCGAAGUCAGUGAUAGCACAGGCUGUCCAACAAAUUCCUCUAUCCGUUCGACUUUGGAUUAAAGCCUCGGAAUUGGAACAAGAGAUGAAGGCCAAGAAGAAGAUAUUCCGGAAGGCUUUGGAACAGAUCCCGAAUUCGGUUCGGCUCUGGAAAGAGGCCGUCGAACUCGAAGAGCCAGAAGACGCCCGCAUUCUGUUGUCCCGAGCGGUCGAGUGCUGUCCCUCUAGUGUGGAGCUAUGGCUGGCACUCGCUCGACUCGAGACCUACGACAACGCGCAGAGAGUUCUCAACAAAGCGCGAGAAAACAUUCCGACGGAUCGACAGAUUUGGAUCACAGCCGCCAAACUGGAAGAAGCGCAGGGAAAGACUCAAAUGGUGCAGAAGAUCAUCGACAGAGCCAUCUCUUCACUUAAUGCCAAUGCCGUCGAAAUAAAUCGCGAGCAAUGGCUUAAGGAUGCGAUGGAAACUGAAAAGUCUGGUUCCGUUCAGACGUGUCAGGCGAUUGUGAGCGCUGUCAUCAGCUAUGGUAUCGAUGAUGAGGACCGGAAGCAUACGUGGCUCGAAGACGCAGAAAAUUUCGCAAAUCAAGAGGCGUUUGAAUGCGCGCGAGCUAUAUAUGGCCACGCGAUCAAGACGUUCCCCAAUAAGAAGUCCAUUUGGUUGAGGGCCGCGUACUUCGAGAAGAAUCACGGGACCCGACAAAGCCUUAAGAAUCUAUUACAGGCGGCCGUUCAGAACUGUCCGCAGGCAGAGGUCUUAUGGUUAAUGGGCGCUAAGUCUGAGUGGUUGACCGGUAAUGUUCACUCCGCUCGAGAGAUAUUAUCCCUCGCUUUCAAAGCUAAUCCAAACAGCGAAGAGAUUUGGUUGGCGGCCGUUAAGCUCGAGUCCGAGAACGAGGAGUACUCGAGAGCCAAGAAGUUGUUGGAAAAGGCCCGACAAAGUGCUCCGACGGCUCGCGUUCUCAUGAAGUCCGCCAAACUCGAGUGGCAGUUGAAGAAUAUUAGGGAAGCGAAAGCACUUCUAGCAGAAGGCGUUAAGGAUUAUCCCAAUUAUCCCAAACUCUGGAUGAUGUCCGGACAGAUUGCACAGCAAGAGAACAAUAUCGAUGCCGCCAGAGAUGCCUUCAAUAAUGGUCUUAAAAACAAUCCGACGUCUGUUCCUCUUUGGAUACUUUUGGCACGACUUGAAGAGAAGACGGGAGCUCUCAUUAAAGCGCGCUCUGUCUUAGAGAGGGCUAGACUUCGAAACCCUAAAUGUCAAGAGUUAUGGUUGGAGUCGAUUAGAGUCGAGCGAAGGGCUGAAGAGAGCAAAGAGACAGCAAUGCCUAUUGCGAUGCCUAUGAUGGCUAAAGCGCUUCAAGAAUGCCCUCAAAGUGGUCUUCUCUGGUCUGAAGCAAUAUUUAUGGAAAAUCGUCCGCAAAGGAGAAGCAAAAGUGUGGACGCAUUGAAACGGUGUGAACACGACUCCAAUGUAUUGCUGGCCUGUUCUCUACUGUUUUGGACCGAAAGAAAACUCAACAAAUCUCGCGAAUGGUUUAACCGAACUCUUAAAUUGGAUCCAGACUUCGGUGAUUCGUGGGCUUAUGCCUAUCAGUUUGAACUUCUUCACGGAACUAAAGAGCAACAGGAAGACCUUAAGAAGAGAUGUGCGGCCGUAGAGCCCAGACAUGGAGACAACUGGUGUAAGGUAUCCAAAGAUGUGGCCAAUUGGAGGCUCAAAACAGAAGACAUUUUAGAGAAAGCGGCCAAUAGUUUACCCAUUCCUACGUGAAAGGCAUCCCAUGUGAGCAUAAUAUUGACAAAUCAUUACUGUAUUCCCGUAUUUGGCUAUUUUGUUGGACUACACUAUUCUGUAAC